GCUUUCACGGCUUCUUCAAUUUCUGUACAGGUUUGAGAGAGCGUGUUUUGCUUCUCUUUUCCUUUAUCUUUUAUACUUUCAUAUAAAUUUACUUUAUUAUCUUCAAAAAUACUUGAAUAACAGUUUUCAAGAGUUGAUAACAGUGACAUAAGUUUAAAAGAUUGACAGAAUUAAAAGGUUAUAUUGGGAAAAAUGAGUCAGACAGACCAGGAAAAAGACACUAGUAUGGACAAAAAAGAGAUUGCAGAAGAAGAAAGGGAGAAGAUGUUGAAUGAAGAGAAUACGAAACAUACGGGACCAGCGCCAGCUCCAGAUCUUGAGUCUGAAGAGCAAAAACCAAAGAAGAAAAUCCCAAUUGGAGGGAUAAAAAUGCCUGGUUUCUGUCGAACAAAGAGUAAAGAACCUUGCAAGGACGAUGUCACUAAACCUUCAGAAACUGGGGGAGAAACGGAGGGAACUGUUGGGGGUACAAAAGAGGAAAAUGCAGCAGAGAAGCCAACUACGCCCUCAAAGGAUACUAAGGACAAGGACGGACGACGAGGAAUUCUGAAUGCUAUUAGAUUACCACUAACUUCCGUUUUUCCUAAGAGGAAAACAAAGGAAACCGAUGUAGAACUUGGCGCAACAGCGGGAUUAGCAAGUGUGGAGACCUUAGAAGAUGGAGGAGAAAAAGGAGAAGCUGUUGGUGAAGACGGAAUGGAAACCGUUAGACUUGAUAGUGGAGAUGGAGUUGAUGAUCAAGGGCCCCCUAAGGACCAUCAUCCACUACAAGACUGGAUAGCUGCAGCAAAACGAAAUCGAUUAGUCACUGCUGCAGUCGUUGCGAUUCUACUCAUAGUCAUAAUUAUCGUUGCGGUAGCGUGUGCUGGACCACGUAGACUUUAUACUCCACCUAUUAAAGAUGGAAAAUACAUAGAUGCUACUACAUCAUGUGGUCCAGUACAAGGAGUUCUAGAAGAUGGUGGUUUUGCAUUCCGUGGAAUUCCUUAUGCUCUUCCACCGGUCAAUAAUCUUCGAUGGAAAAAUGCAGAACCACUUCAACGAAUUGAAUAUUGUUGGAAUGGAACUUUGCCUGCAUAUAAUAGUUCUUCUGUUUGUUGGCAACGAGAUGCCAAUGGUCAAUCAGAAGGAUCUGAAGAUUGUCUUUAUUUAGAUGUUUUUACUCCUCAAGUCAGUUAUCAAUCACCGUUACCUGUUGUGGUAAUGAUUAGUGCAGAUACCCUUGAUGCAGGAUCUCCUGGCAUUAUGCAACCAUCAGCAAAAUUAGCUCGAGUUCGUGAUAUGGUUUUUGUACGGCCUAAUUUUAGAUUAGGGAUCUUUGGUUUUUUAGCAGCCGAACCUCUCUCUCGAGCUGCACAUCCUAGGAGCUCAGGAAAUUACGGUCUCUCAGAUAUUAUUGCUGUGUUGAAAUGGGUUCAAUUGAAUAUUCAACAUUUUGGUGGAGACCGAGAUUCUGUAACAGUUUGGGGUCAUCGUGCAGGAGGAACUUUGGUUUCUACUUUAUUAGCAACUCAUGCAAUUCAAGAAAAAGGCAAAAAUCUUUUUGCAAGAGCAUGGAUAUCGAGUCCUAGCGUCGCAUUCCCUAAUAAACCAUUAAAUGAAUCAGAAAAAGCAUCAGAAACGUUCUUAAACGUUAUUCAAUGUAGAGAUGUUGCAUGUUUGAGGAGUAAAAGUGCUGAAAAUAUCAUGGAUUCUAUUCCUGGAAAUUGGUAUCAUAGUAAUUAUGAACUUCCUGAGUCAAGAGAAGCUUCCAGUCCUAACAAAGAUCAUGAAUGGAUAGUUAUUGAUGGUAUAAUUGUUCGAGAAGAUCCUCUUCGAGUUUUACAGCGUGAUGGACCUCCUGUUAAAGUUAUUAUGGGAACUACAGCUCAUUCAAUGAUUCCUGACCGAUUCAAAGAUCCUAAUACUACUCUAGAAACAACGCAAGUACAAGAAAUUGUCAAAGAAUCUUUAUUAGGGACAUAUGGUCUUGCCGAAGAAGCUUUGAGUCGUUACAACGCUACACUUAAAGGACUGGUAUCAAUGAUCUCAGAUAUACGAGUUGUUUGUCCUCUUUUCAAUUUAACAUCAUCAUUACGAACUGAAGAUCGUGAUGUACCCUUUUAUUUAUCAACACAAGCUCCUGGACCUCUUGCAGAUGCAGACAGUGAUGUAGCAGCAAUUCUAGGAUCUUACACAGCAAAAACACCGGAAGAAAAACGUCAUGUAUCAGCCAUCCAACAACUUUUUAAUCAAUUCGUAUGGCAUGGAAGAAUAAUCGAAGCUGCUAGCAAACCAGCAAACAGGAAAGUCAUCAUCGUUGGACAAGACAUUCUUCCUGAACGUGAGCAUCCUAAUUGCGACUUUUGGAUAAAGAAGAAUAUUGUUCCACGGUAUGCAAGGCUUGAUUAAAAAAAUUAAUUAAGUGAAAGUUAUUUCUAAGGAAAUUUACAUAAAUGAUUUGCAUCAGAGUAAUUUAAUUCAUGCGAUAACAUCAGAAUUAUAAUCAUAGAACACUAUUUGUUGUUCAAGAAAAAAACAAAUGACGAACACUUUAAUGCUUCAACAAGAUAUGUUGUGUAUGUGUAAAUGCUUGUAUAAAUGUUUUAUGAAUUGUACUAUUAAAAUGGCGUAAAUGGAAGAAAAUAAGACCUAAGAUUAAAUAAAAAAA